GGGACGGCUCACAAACUGCCUUGUUCAGGCACUGCGAGCCGAGGCUUCAGGUGACGCGGGCCUAAUGGCGGCCUUCCGGAAGGGGAUAAUGCUUAGCAACGUUAACAUCCAAUGCCACGGGGAGCAUUUGCCUUUUUACAUAGGUAUCCUUGAGGUAUCUUGCAUUGUGCUCAUCGAUACGGGCGAACCGACAUGACCCCCAUUGAACUCGUCCACGCUUGAUCGUCCUCCCAAGGCUCCAGGCGUCUUCAUGGCAACAGUCAUUCGUUGUUGACGUGAGCAGCUAUCGGAGACCAUGGAACCGUCCAGUUCCAACACAGGCUUCUUUCAGCAGCAGCCCGUCAUCAAGAACCAAUUCCACGACGAUGUUAGUUUGCAGCGGAUAACCAGACUCUUUCUACCUCACCCCGUACGGGACCAGAUCAGCCCAGAAGCCGCGCAGCUCGGAGAUGAAGUUCUCACGCAACAAGUCUUCGAUUGGGUAAUAGAUGCCGAGCGCAGCCAGCCGUAUCUGCGUGGCAGCGGGCGCGACGCCUUUGGCAAGCCCAAGAGUGAGCUGGUCGUAAGCGAGGGUUGGAGGAAGCUGCAGGAGUUCGGGUUCCGAAAGGGCGUCGUUGCUCUCAACUACGACUCGGAUUAUGGCCCGUACACUCGACUGGUGCAGUUCAUCCGCUGCCACCUUUGGGAGGCGUCGUGCGCCAACACGCUGUGCCCGGCGGCGAUGCAGGAUGGCGCCGCCCGGCUCCUGCAGCGGCAUCUCUCCAACAAAAAGACGGGCCUUUCGCCGACAGAGCGCCGCGUCUUCCAGAACGCCUUUGGCCAUCUUACCUCCCGGGACCCGGCCAGGGCUUGGACGAGCGGGCAAUGGAUGACCGAGCGCCCCGGCGGCAGCGACGUGUCCCGAACCGAAACAGUCGCCACCUACGACCCCUAUCCCGAGGAGUCCGGCCCGGCUCCCCUCGCCGACGUGGACGACAACAUCCCCCUCGGCCCCUGGUCCAUCUCGGGCUUCAAGUGGUUCUCCUCGGCGACCGACUCGCAGAUGGCCAUCCUGCUGGCCAAAACCGACCCGUCCAAGGGGGUGAGCGCCUUCCUGGCGCCGAUGCGCCGGCACAACCCUGCCCUGAUCUCCGCAACAGGCAAUAUCGGCGGCAGCGAACUAAACGGCGUCACCAUCCAGCGGCUCAAGCACAAAUUCGGCACGCAGUCGCUCCCCACGGCCGAGCUCGAGCUGAACAACAUGCGCGCCUGGCUGAUCGGGACAGAGGGCCAGGGCAUCGCCGAGAUCAGCACGAUCCUGACCAUCACGCGCGUGCACACGACCGUGUCCAGCGUAGGCUACCUGGGCCGCGGCCUAGCUAUCGCGCGAUCCUUUGCGAGCGUGCGCGAGGCCGGCGCCGGGCGCGGCCGCCGCGUCCCCUUGUCCUCCCACCGCCUGCACAUGCGCACGCUCGCCGAUCUUACCGCGGACUACCACGGCCUGAUGCUCCUGACGUAUUACACGGUCUAUCUCCUGGGCUUAUCCGAACGCCCUUCCCCUAGUACUGCUUCUGCCCCUCCCGUGGCACCGCUCACACCACCCACCACCGCUUUAGUGAUUCCCCUACUGCGUGCCUUGUCGUCGCUGCACAAAUCCUACAUAUGCAAGACCGCCAUCCCGCUGGUCUACGCGUGCAUGGAAGCCCUCGGCGGCGUGGGGUAUCUGCUCAACUCGGAGUCGGAGCACAUCAACGUGGCACGGCUGUUCCGCGACGCCUGUGUCGGCGCCAUCUGGGAAGGCACGACGGACGUGUUGGCGGGCGAUACGCUGCGGGCGAUGAAGCAUUCCCGGCAAGGAGGGGAGGACACGGUGGAGGCGGCGGUGGGGUGGUUUGUCAAUGCCGGGUUGGAGUUCGUCAGAGGGGUUGUUAACGAUAAGAGGUGGGGCGGUAACAAGGAGGGGAUGGAAGAAGGGGUAUUAUCCAAAGAGGCGGAGGAAGGGGUCAGAAGAGAAUGGGAGAAACUAAAGAAGAGGGUGGAACAGACCAGCCAAGAGGACCUCUUACCCGAUGCGAGGGGGGUUGUGUUCCGGCUGGCCGAGGUCCUGAUUGCCGUGCUGUACAUGGUGGAUGCGGCGGUGCAUCCCGGGGCGGAGAUUGAGGAGAUGUGUAGGAGGUACUUGGUCAAGAAGCGGUUCAUGGGGGAGCAGGAAUGGCGUGGCCAGAAGGCGCUGGCCAUGGACCAGGCGAUCGUGUACGGCGCUGGCAAGGCGCCCGGUCAAGGGGCUGCCGCAGGCUCUAAGCUCUGAGAGUCUCGUUGCUGAGGAGCGCUCGUGGGCACUGGGUCUAUAGUAUUUCCAAACG